AUGGAUCAUAGAAGACUUUCCCGGUGGUACAAUACCCUGCCCUCACGGAUCGUGGAUCUUGUUGGGGAUUUCGCGGGAGAUGAGCUCUUCGUCAUUGAAGGGGACUCACUUCUGCUGCACUGCUUUUCGAACGACAAACUCGACUUCUUCAAAGGAUUUCAACCGCUACAUGCUACUUACCUUGUGGAGAAGCUGAUGCAAAAGCUCCAACAUCGCAAGUGUGUUUUUCACAUUGUGUUUUUUGCCCGAAACUAUCGAUGUUGCAUUCCAGCAACAGCCCCAAGCGGUAUUCAUGACAGAUAUCUGCUUGCCCGAGAAGCUAUAAUCCAACACCUCGUCUCGGUUUCACGUCAAUCCUCAUCUUUCUUUGCCGCACACAGAUUUGAUAGUUUUUAUUCCGAUGGAUUCACAGACUACUUUACAAAGUCAGGGGCUUAUCUAUUUAUGUGCCACGAUGGGGCAUUUGCUCGCAGUGAAGAAGACGAAAUUGGCGAGGACGACAGCGACGAAGAAGAUAGCAACGAUAACGACAGCGACAAGAACGACAGCGAAGAGGAAGACAGUAGAGAUGCUAACGAGAGCGGAAAUGAGACUGCUACCAUAUCUAGAAAUUGUCACCAUCAAGCCUCACAAAUCUGUUCACAUGAAGUGACUUCAAAGAUCAAACUGCGCAUGAUGAUCCGAUGGCUCAUUGCCCAUGGGCACAACAUCGCUCUCAUCAAUAACCUUGUGUUUCGAGAUACCAAGGCCAUGGUGAUGGUUAUUGAAGGCUCACGCAAGAGAAUGAAGCAGACGAACUCUCCAUUGGUUUCCCAGAAAGCCUCUCCUAUCCCAGAGAGACAAACCCAUCUAGAUGCAGCUUUUGAGUCACCCGUGAAAAAGGAGAUACCUCCGAACGACCCCAAAAUGGAACACCAACACAUCGUUGCUGUACCCGACUUGGAGCCGGGAAGCCACGACAAUAAAGAAAUACCCUCCGUUAAUACCAUUGACCGAGAAAUGCUCGAGAAAGUGAUUUGUACAAAGUCAGAGUUGACACAGAGCCAAUGUCUCAUGGUUGUGGCCCUGUGUAUUAUGUUACGGGAUGCCGAUGCUCAUGUUUCUGUCAGGCCUAUCGAAGCUCAAUCCAUGAUUUUACAUCUCGUACUUCUACAAAAUAUCAAGCUAACUGACAGAGCAAUUCGAAAUGCUAGCCAGAGAUGCGUGCCUUUCUUCGAUGACUUUUUGAGAACGGCGAGUGCUUUGCUCUCUUCGGUCUCUUGGGAGGCAACAGUGGCUAAGCAUAACUCAAUCUGCGAUCUUUCGGACUUCGUGGAUGAACGACUGUUCUUUGAAACCUGGAUGAUGAUGAACUCGCUUGGCGCUAAGAAAGCCAUCUCGCCUCUCGUGGAACGGCAAUACAACACUCUCGCAUCUUUGGUAGACUGUUUUUGUGGCACCACGUUGAAUUGUAUGUCAACAGAAACGCUGCAAGCCAAUACUGAAUCCACUGCUUCUUCGGGAUCGAUUGCCCUUGCGACAGUACUUCCAUUUGAGGACCCUGUAUUCAAUGCUCACCUGCAGCCCGUCCGGCUAUUGGUUGACAAGUCUUUCGACUCGAGUGAUGAGCCUGGAAUUGCUCGAACCUUCAAAGAUCAUACCCACUGGCAUAGCUCUAGAACACUUGACCGAAAAGCGAAAAUGACUUUACCGCCCAAGGUAGUGAGGCGGGGUUUAAGAAAGAAUCAGUUCUUUAUGGCAGAAAUGAUGGACUAUGCGGAGAGUCUUUCAGGUUCUGCAGGAUUGUUGAAACCAGAGACAGUGGUUGUUGAAGCCCCCAGCACCUUACAGCAAACGUCUAAUUUGAAAAAAAGCCAUGGUGCCAGAUACUCACCUUCUCUGAAAUCAAAAAAGUGCAAACCCAGUUCUGGCACUCCGAGCAUCAGAGAGGUGGCAGCUGCAACCAUUCGCCAAAAACAAGAUAGAGAUGCACAGAGCCAUAGACAGAGAUGGAAGAAUAAGCAGCAGGAAUUUGGACAGAUUGCUGAUCUGCCGAGUCGCUUUUUGAGAGUCAACGAGUACCUGUACAGUUUGCCCGAUGCCACCCGCCAGACAUUGGCCGCUGAAGUCCUCAUGUAUGCACUCGAUACACUAGUCAGACUUAUAAUUGCCGAAUUCAAGGGCAAACACGGAAACGAACAUAUCUCAAUAGCAACAAGAGCUUGGGAAAUCAUCGCACGGCUCACAAAGCUGAAGCAGGGUGUCUCUGCUGAGAUUGUCACUCAUGUUGGGGCAGUGUGCAAACUAUUUCAGCUCCCACUUCCCCAUCUCCAGGUCCAAAACCAAGAUUCACUCAGCUUUGUGGUGUCUAAACCAUCGAACCUGUUUUCUGAUGUCAGUGUAGGGAUGUCCCCGGCCGAAUUUCAGCUUUUGUAUGGAGGCCCUUUCAUGGACCGAGGCAUGGACUCACUUCCAGACAUCCGGACACCAGACUUUGAACCAGAUCGCUGGCAGCGUGAUGUUCUGGAUCAAAUUGACGCUAAGAAGAGUGUCCUUGUGGUGGCUCCUACUAGUGCAGGAAAGACAUUCAUAUCUUUCUAUGCAAUGAGACAGAUACUGAAAGAGGAUAAUGAAGGUAUUCUGGUCUAUGUCGCUCCCACAAAGGCGCUGGUCAAUCAAAUUGCGGCCGAAGUACAGGCUCGAUUUUCAAAAUCGUAUCCUUCCAAAACAAGUGGAAAGUCAGUGUGGGCCAUUCAUACAAGGGAUUAUCGCAUCAAUGAACCCAUGGGCUGUCAGAUUUUGGUCACUGUUCCACACAUUCUUCAAAUAAUGUUGCUCGCGCCGUCGAAUGCGAAUGCAUGGACUCCGCGCAUUAAACGAAUCAUCUUCGACGAGAUCCACUGCAUAGGUCAGGCAAACGAUGGCGUUGUCUGGGAGCAACUUCUACUUCUGGCCCCAUGCCCCAUUAUCGCCCUUUCAGCGACCGUCGGUAAUCCGCAGGAAUUCUACAGCUGGCUCCAUCGUGCGCAAGGCACAAAUGGAUUUGACCUGAAGAUCAUACAACAUAAGCAGCGAUACUCAGAUCUGCGCAAAUACGUCUACCGUCCUCGGAAUUUCAUGUUCACGGGGUUUUCAAAAUGUCAAAGCUUGCCACGCCUUGGUCUGGAUGAGGCAGAAGAUAUGGAGUUUGUGCACCCCGUCACCAGUCUGCUGGAUCGCUCGAGAGGAAUGCCGGAGGAUCUUGAUCUUGAACCGCGCGACUGUCUGACGCUAUGGAAGGCAAUGAGAGACGUACAGACAAAUUAUUUCCCUGUUCAUCAUUCUCUUGACCCUUCUGUUAUAUUCUUGAAUAUCAUCAUUCAAAAGAAGCACGUCCUUGAAUGGCAAAAGAAGCUCAAAGCUUUGUUGGGGGAGUGGAUGAAAGACCCGAAUUCUCCAUUUGAGCUUCUCUUAUACCGGCUGGGCCAGAAGGAUAGUCAACCAUCGGAGGCAGGUGUUGACCUGCUGCAUAACCCUCCUGGACUGCCUCAUACUUUUUGCAGAGAUGACCCGGGGCUUUUGGACACAACUCUGCCCUUGAUUUUCUCACUUCACUCUCAAGGCGCUCUCCCUGCUCUUUUCUUCAAUUAUGACCGAGCGCAAUGUGAAGACAUAUGUCACAAUCUUUUAAACCAGUUGCAGUACUCAGAGAAUGAAUGGAAGGAUAACAGUUUGACUUGGAAGACAAAGAUUGAAAAAUGGAACAAGUGGAAAUUUUCAAAAGAGCAGGCUGACAAGAAGACUUCCAAAUCGAUGAAGAAGAAAUCAAAUGGAGAUGACCAAUGGUCUCGGGAAGAUCAAAUUAGGGAGUCAGCAUCAGCAGAGCACAGUCACUUCGAAUCUUUUGAUCCAGAGAGGCCCGUGGAUGGUUUCCAUUUGGCCAAUUACAAGAUGCUGCCGUCGGAAUUCCCCAGCUACGUCCGUGAGCUAAGGAGACUCGAAACUCAAGAAUGGUUGAUUGAAGCUCUCGAGCGAGGUAUUGGUGUUCACCACGCCGGCAUGAACCGCAAAUACCGCUAUGUUUGUGAAAUUCUCUUCCGAAGAGGUUUCCUACGUGUUGUCAUUGCCACUGGUACUUUGGCCUUGGGCAUCAACAUGCCGUGUAAAACGGUUGUGUUUUCUGGGGAUUCCAUCUUCUUGACAGCCCUAAACUUCCGCCAAGCUGCUGGAAGAGCUGGACGCCGCGGAUUUGAUUUGUUAGGAAAUGUUGUAUUCCAACUUGUCCCUACUUCGAAAGUGAAACGGCUCAUCAGCUCGCGACUUCCAGACCUCAACGGGCACUUUCCAAUUACAACAAGCCUGGUUUUGCGACUCUUCAUCUUGCUGCAAGGUUCGAACAGAUCUGCUUCUGCUGUCAGAUCGAUAAAUUCCUUGCUGUCAGCCCCGCGAAUUUACCUUGGUGGCCCCGAAAUGAAAGAAACCGUGCUUCACCACCUCCGGUUCUCGAUUGAGUAUCUGCGACGGAACGGCCUCCUUGAUAGAAAUGGGUCACCUUUGAAUUUUGCCGGCAUUAUCUCCCACUUGUAUCAUACCGAAACUGCCAGCUUCGCUUUCCAUGCUCUUCUUCGUGCCGGAUACUUUCACAGAUUGUGUAAGAACCUAAGUACAGACACCAAAGGCACACUACGCAAUUUGAUGUUAGUUAUGUCUCAUCUCUUUGGCCGACAUCCACUUCGUCUGUCUACUCUCGAGUCAUACAAGUCUAGCGAAAAGAAAGCAUCAUCGAUUGUCGUCCUUCCACCUUUGCCCAAGCGUGCAGCUGCCGUAUUGGCUGCGCAUAAUGACCAAGUUCUCAAGAUCUACACUGGUUAUGUGACCAGCUUUAUCAAUCAACAUGUCAAAGGGGAAGAUUGUCAGUUACCAUUCAGUGGCAUCAAAUGUGGCGGGGAUCAAUCGGCCGCAGUACUCGGUUUGUCAAAGGCAAAUCGCAUUACCACUAUGGUCACAUCUCCAUUCUUUGCUCUCUCUGGACAUGAAGACAAUUGGAAUUCCAUUUCAGACCUCUGUGAGACAGUUCGCAGCGGUGUUUGGCUCGAAGAAUCCGUCAUUCCCUACCUCUGUGCAUCCGGCCCAGAAUAUUCCACUCCACUGAAUGCAUAUCUGCUCGACUUUUUCAAACACGGAAGCGUCCGUCAGCUGGAGACUGCAAACCACAUCCGACGAGGAGACAUCUGGUUUGCAUUAAAUGACUUUUCUUUGAUAUUAGCCACAAUAAAUACCAGCUUGGAGAACUUUAUCAGUCCUCGGGGCAACAUGGAUACAGACAUGCUUAAUGUUGUUGGUGGAGGAGACGCACAUGAGAUGUCGGUGGACGGUCAAUAUUUUGAUGAAGAAACCUCUAAACAGCAGGAGACGGAACGUCAGCAGCCAGGUGAGACUGAGCGCGAGGAGGCAGAGCCUCGGGUUCCCAUCGCGAAAUACAAAGCAAAAGCUACAGUUGAAAAUUGGGAAGAAGAGAUGGAUGAAGAUUCUGAGGAUAGCCAGAUCAAACAUCGCUCCCCCAGGUCGUUAAAAAAGGAGGCUAAACCAAAGGCCCAGAAGGAGGAGAUUUCGGACAAGUCAAUGGUUCUGGUUGCCCGAGGGUUCCGGAUGCUUCAAGAUGAGUUCGACAGGAAGUUCAGGGAGAUGUGGGCUUGA